AUGGAGCUGGAAGCAAUCCAUCAAAAGGAAGACGCAUUCAGCCUCUCGAAUAAACGAGCGACCAUUGGCGGCCGUAGUCUGAAGUCCAUCCGAUCAAAUCAAAGUCACGGAAACGACGACAGGAACGAGACCUUACCAUCACCAACGAUCGCAGCCGAGCAUCUCGAAAGAUGGAACUACCCACGCAAGAAUAUGUGGCGUGUCUUCGCCACCUUCUGGUCCUUCCUGAUCAUGGGCGCCAACGACGCCACUUAUGGUCCGAUCAUCCCAUAUCUGGAGACAUACUACGACCUGAGCUACGUAGUAGUCUCGCUCAUCUUCUUGUCACCAUUCGUUGGCUACAACGCGGCUGCUCUGCUCAACAACUCCAUCCAUCUCAAAUUUGGGCAACGUGGCAUUGCGUUCCUUGGACCAGUAUGCCACAUGAUUGCUUAUAUCGUCAUUGCAGUCCAUCCGCCAUAUCCGGUCUUGGUGAUUGUGUUCAUCAUCGCGGGCUUGGGCAAUGGUCUCGAGGACUCGGCAUGGAAUGCCUGGAUCGGCAAUAUGGCCAACGCGAAUGAGAUCUUGGGAUUCUUGCAUGCUUUCUACGGUCUUGGCGCCACGAUUGCGCCCCUCAUAGCUACGACUAUGAUUACGAAAGCUGGACUACCGUGGUACUACUGGUAUUAUAUUAUGAUCGGUGCUACUGCGAUCGAGAUAGGGACUUCAUUGUGGGCGUUCUGGGGCGCAACUGGACAGGUCUUCCGUGAUGCACAUCCUCGCACGAGUGAUGCAGGUGGUUCAAGACUCAGGGAGGCAGUUCUCAAGCGACCUGCUGCUCGUGUCGUUUGGCUAUGCGCACUAUUCCUGCUCGGGUACGUUGGUAUCGAAGUCGCACUCGGCGGUUGGAUCGUCACUUUCAUGAUUCGUGUCCGACACGGAGCUCCUUUUGCGAGCGGUAUGACUGCCACUGGUUUCUGGCUAGGCAUUACUGUUGGACGAGUGAUAUUGGGCUUUGUAACGCCUAGGAUCGGUGAGAAGCUGGCUAUUGCUAUCUACCUCCCAAUCGCGCUCGGCCUCCAACUACUUUUCUGGCUAGUACCACAAUUCUAUGUCUCAGCCGUGGCAGUCUCACUCCAAGGGUUCUUCCUUGGUCCGAUGUUCCCGGCCGCGAUGGUAGCAUGCACCAAACUGCUGCCGAAGCAUCUACAUGUCUCGGGCAUUGGCUUCGCAGCCGCAUUUGGUGGCAGCGGAGGUGCCAUUUUCCCUUUCGCGGUUGGAGCAAUCGCGCAAGCGAAGGGCGUGCAGGUCUUGCAGCCUAUCAUCGUGGCGCUGCUUGCGGUGAUCUGGAUGCUGUGGAUGGGACUGCCGAGGAUUGGGAAGAAGAAGGAGUAG